AUGGACGAUCCAUGGGGCUCCCCGUGGGCAACAACCGACACCACAACUGCGCCGUCUACCAGUCCCUCCAAGGACAUCCUCGAACCUCCGCCUCCCGCCUUCCUUUCCACUCCGAACAACCUAAACAUACCCUCCAGUCACUCGGCAUGGCUUGAUGACGAUGCCUUCGGCGACUGGGCCUCCCCCGAUCCAGGGCAAGCUAGCAACUCUUCGCCCUGGACUUGGGGGAACGAGGCUGCCCCAAUUGAGGGCCUGACACCGAGCUACGAGCCCAGACGGAAGAGCAGCACCCCCAAAUGGCCCCGAAGCAGAUCGCCAUCGCCGGGCCGUAGACCGACGUUGACCCCCAACACCGCCUCCCCCAGUCAGCCUUCGCCGGAUCCAUGGGCAAAUCAUGUUUCGACAUACACGAGGGAUGAACCCGAGCCUCUGGCACAACUGCCCCAGAUACCCGACGUGCCACCACUCGUGCUCGAACCAGCACAUGUGGGCUUGGGGUUGUCGAAUGCUCUCAAUGCCUCGGAACAAGGCCUCUUCGCACAUGAGCCAAUUACCACUCAGUUCGCCGAACCGAUCCCCGAUUCUACACAAGAACAGCUACAAUUCAGCGACACGCCAAUCUUUGACCGUUUCCCUGCCGUCGACGAGCAGGCUGGCGACGCCGGCCCGUCCUCCGCUUCGGCACCAUCCGAGGAUGGCGACGACAACGAGGAGGCCCAAGACGCCAGACAUUCUGACUCGCCCAUAACGUCUAUCGAAGAAGACAGUGCGGCUCCCAAUAUGUCGCAAAGGAAAGUAUCAGGCAAGGUUCUUGAGCUCGUUGAGAUGUACGACGGAAUAGCAAAGCGAACAACAAAAACGCCCGAGUUGAUCGCACCACGGCGCAGCACAAGUCGGGAGCCCAAGGCAACCGUGCAGGAGGCUCGGGAUCGGGCUACUGAAGUGGACGACUUGCCAGAGACCGAGAAGGCGGCGCCUCCCCGAAUCUCGACAAAGUCGGGCCCAGAUGAUCUGCCCGAGAACGGUAACGAAGUGGCGGGACACGUCGACGAGCAGGAUAAACCAAUACGGCCAGACCACGACCCUUUCGAGACCGACCUUGGCAAACUCGACAUCCUCUUACCCGAUGCCUCGCUAGAUGGAUCAGAAUUACCUGAGGAUGUGCCGGACCGGAUUAUCCACGACAGCUUCACGAGCAUUUCUGAGCGCAAGAUGUGGUACAGACUUUCCCGGAACGAAUCCCUUCGCAAACACAAUGCAGGCGACGACGAAAACUACGUCCGCAUCAACUGGACAAACUCGACGCUGCGCCAAGAUACGUUGAAAACCGUCCGGCGCUGGAUAGAAGAAGACUCGUUCGGCGGGCGAGCCUUCCGUAGCGGAUCGACGCGAAAUGCAGGCGGCGGCAAGAGUUUUGGUUGGGACGCAACCACGGCAGCAUCCCCUGUCGAUCUCGACAGGGUAUUUGGUCGCAAGCAGAAGCUAAAGGCGACGGUCCAUAGACCGACACAUUCAAUAGGCGGUUUACCAUCUUUAUCGACAGCCCCCAUGGUUCCUAGCUCAGCGGGAAACACGCCAGUUUCGUCAAGACCGAACGACACCUGGGAAGGUAGUGCAACUUUUGGCUGGAGUAACGAGGCAGGCGGCGGCGACGGCACAAAAGCAGAAACAAGAGGAGAGGCAUCAAAGCAUCCGGCCCCCCGAAUACCGCUUCCCCUCGCGUUCACAGGGUUCGAUAACAAGCCCAGAUCUCACGCUUCGUUGCCGGCGUUUAUGAUACCGACGACGCCGACACCUCCGGUUGUAAACGCGACAACCGUCAAGGAGGAAGAGGCGGACGAGAACGAGGAAGACGACGAGUGGGGAGACAUGGUUUCGCCAACGACGGCCGAAGCCACUGAUUCCACAUCUAUUCCAAAGACGAGCUGGGAUUCAUUCUCGACCAACCCGCUACCCGAUGCCACGACGACCCCGUCAUCCGACAGCUUCACGACUAGCAACCAUGAUGCCGAUGCACUCGGCGCCGGGAAUAACGACAAGCACGAUUCCCGCGACAAAUCAGGACUGGAGGAUAUUGGCAGUGUCAUCAGCCCCACCCCCGCCUCCACACCUCGUCCUGCAGCAGCAGGCGUACCCCAAAGCCAAGGCGGAACCUCCAGCCCGCCAGCGUCAACAUACACGUUCAGGCCGGCGUCCGCGGUGAAGCGACCAGCAAACAUCUCCAUCGCGGCGACCCUCACGGACCCGCUGGCGCCUUUAACUUCUGUUAAAGCCGGCGUAUCUGCGGGAGGCCUAGUCGAAACCCCUCUUAGAACGGGCCCCGACACAUCGUCCACAGCUCAGCCCCGGAAUAGCGCCGAGGAGUUUGCUCUUGUGCAGCAUUUUGUGCGCGAACUGCCAGACUUGUCAUACAUGCUGCGAUGA